UACUCAUCCAAGAAGUCUAAACUCUUCCCCCAUUAAGUCAUUUACUACAAACCCUAACCCUUCAUUACUACCCUCAACCGCCCCCCACCUUCACACCUCUUCACCACUCGGCGCACAACCCCUAUAUAAACCAUAUGUUCACAGAGAGAAAAACCACCAAGAGGUAGAGAGAGAGAGAGAGAGAGAUCCAGAGUUGCCAAAGAUGGAGAUGUGGCGUGUCAUUUUGGUGCUUGCUUUCUCAUCAGCGCUACUGCAUGCAACUAGUGCACGCAAGGUGCCUGGUGAUGAUGGUCAUGGCAGCACAACUGAGCACACAAUGGUUGUGCAUGCAAGUGCACCAGCGGCAGAGUCACCUACUGGCCUUCGUGACAAGAAGUGCAUCUUUGGCGGCGUUGGUGGGUUUGCAGGGAUGGGAGGGUUUGCUGGAGUUGGCGGGGUGAUGCCGGUUCUUGGUGGAAUUGGUGGAGGUAUUGGGAAAGUUGGUGGAAUUGGUGGAGGGAUUGGUAAAGUUGGUGGAAUAGGAGGAGUAGGAGGUAUUGGUGGUGGUGGUCUUGGUGGAGUUGGCGGAUUAGGCGGUGCUGGUGGCGCUGGUGGUCUUGGUGGUGCCGCUGGCGGUGGCGUUGGUGGUGCAGCUGGCAGUGGCGUUGGUGGUGGAGCUGGUGCCCUUCUUCCACAUCCUUGAUCAUUUGUCGAGGGUUUCAUGACUUUGCGUGCAUGCAUAGCUAGCUAUCCAAUUAGUAGAUUGAUCUUUUUGUUAAACUAGUGGUUGGUCCUUGUUUCAAGUUUCUACUUUUUGUCACUGUCGGUUUCUAGCCAGUACUGUGAUUGUUGGCUUGUCUCUAUGACAUGCAUCGAUCUUAAUUAUGAAUGUAUCUGCUUUCAGUUCUAGUGCUUUCUAGUUAAUUAUGGUUGAAGGAAAUUAAUCUUUG